AUGUGUGCUCAACGAACAAAACUCAACACUAGCGCUUCUAAAUAUGGCCUCAUACUUCUAGGAAAUACUGGUGUUGGUAAAUCUUUUAUUGGCAAUGUUGUACUUGGUCGAGAUGUUUUCGAACAUGAAUGUAGCUCAUCAAGCGUAACACAUGAGACUGAAUUUGAAGAUUAUACUAUUGGUAACGGUUCAUUUGCUGUAUUCAAUAUUCCAGGUCUGAUCGAAGCUGAACAGGCAGCGGUCGAUCGAAACAAGAUCGAGAUUUACAAAGCGUUUCAACAACGGCCUAAUUCGGUUGUUGCUUUUGUUUUCAGCGGCGGAUCGGGUGGACGUAUUCGCGACGAAGAUAUUGUGGCCUUUAAAGCUAUCAAUGAUGUGUAUCAUUUUGAUUCUGAAUCAUUACUUUUCAUUAUCAACGAUCUGCCAAAUGAUCGUUCGUCGAAGUAUGAAGGUGAAACGGCGAUCAAAUUAGAACGUCUGACAGAAAUGCCCAACGUACGGAUGUGCUUUCUGGAUCGAAUCAGUAGACAAGCGGUGAAAAUCAGAGAACCACAGCAUCCAAAGGCUUAUGGCAUGGAUACCGUUGGAAAAAAGUUUAAAGAUGUCAAGAACUUUUUUAAAAAACAGGAUGAUCGAACGCCAGAGAAACUACCGGAACCAGCACCGGAACUCGAUGAACGAGAAAUGAUGCGCAGAAAGCUAAUGGAUGCGAUAAUGAGCUGUACACCUCGUGUCCAUGAGAAACGCGGUGAAAUUCAAUUAAACGUUGACAAAAUGAAAACUCUUAUUGAAGAAUCAAAGAGGAUUCAACAACAAUUCGAAGAACAACGUGACAAACUGCAGAAAGAGAUCGAACAGCGACAAAGAGAUUUUGAUGAAUAUAAACGACAGCAAGAAGCAAGACCGCACGAAGUGCAUCAUUAUCAUGAGAAAAUUAUCGAACGAGGUGGCGAUGGUGGUGGAUUAGGAGGAUUGCUAGGAAUCAUCAGCCCUAUUGCUAAUUUAAUUUCUCGAAUUUUUUAA